AUGUACUGUCAAAAAAAAUUCAAUUUGUUAUUUGUCUUUUAACUACAAAACUUGUUUAAUAUCAGAAUUUCGUUAAACUAUUUAUGGAAGAUAUAUAUAUCGGGUGCUAAUAAAUAAAUAACGGCUGUGAAUUUGUACAAAACUGCUACAUUUUCCAACAUAAAAUAGGUUUAAGUAUAAGAUACUGGAAAAUGUUGAUAACUGUGGAAGGAGUGAAGAACAAGCAAAUGAAAAGGUUCUUAGAACAUGGUACAUAUCUCCUUAUUAUUUUCCUAUUAGUGCCUGGUUUCCUGUAUUUUGAACUCUGUGUUGUGCUACCAACUGUUGUAGAAGCUUGGACUAUACCCUAUUUUGUUCAUUAUAUUUGUGCAUCAUUUUUGUUACUAAAUAUUGUAGGUAACAUGAUAUAUGGGAUGUUUACAGACACAAGCAUAAAGGGUAGAAAUUUGGACAGUGUUAAUAAAGAUGGCUGGACGCUAUGUUCAGUGUGUGAGGUAUUGAGACCUCCAAGGGCUUGGCAUUGCAACAAUUGUGAUAUAUGUAUUUUAAAAAGAGAUCACCAUUGCACAUUUUUUGCCAGUUGUGUUGGAUAUUACAAUCAUAGAUAUUUUAUGUUUUUUACUUUAUAUAUAUUCAUAUCUAUGCUCUAUUCAUUUUAUUAUAAUGUGAUUUUUCUGUCGACCUUUCUCAAAUGGAAUCAUGGCCUGGUUAUAGCCAAAUUUAUUUUCCCUUUAGCUACAUUUGUCGUAGAUUUUGGAGCAGAAAGCUUCUAUGUCUUUUUGAUUGAGAUUAAUUUUAUUGUUGGAGCUUUUACUGGCUUCCUAUUUUUUUUUCAUUUUGACAAUAUUUUAAAGGGAAGAAUUACUCCUGAGAAAAAAGAAAAUAAUAAAGGGACUUCUUACCACAAAGGUUGGAAGCAAAAUAUUAUUGAAGUUUUUGGGAUUAAUUGGUAUCUUACGUGCAUAUCACCUUUUAUCCACAGUCCUUUGCCUGGCAAUGGUAUUGACUGGUUUGUUAAUGACAAGAAAAAAUAAGCAUAAAUUUAUUAUACUUUAAUAAAAUGUACUUACACCAAAAAGCCUUAUGAUAGAUAAAUAAGAAUAGACAAUUUAUAUUUACAUUUAUAUGGCUUAACGAAGCAGAGAUAAUAUAGAAGAUUUGCUGUGGCUGAAAAUAAGAUUUUUAGGGUUUUUGCAUUUAUUGCUUUAAAAAAAUUGUCAUAGUGUUAAAAUAGCCUUUGUAAACUUGAAUGAAAAAUUAUUAAAAUUUCAAUUAAAAGCGUCAGAGGUUUCGUAUUAAAUUUUUAGUAGACAGACAGUUUUGGUAGAAGCAAACAUUAAGGAAUCAUAGUGUUCUGUGCUAGUCACUCAACAAGUACAUGAAAAUCUUGUUAAAUAUUUACAUAUUGACACCAGAUCUUAUAAAAUCUGGCUAUAGAUUUCCUUCUUAUUUUAAAAUUUAUGUUAUUCUUAAAUAAAAUUAUUUUUAAAGUGUAUCAGAUAAUUGAAAAAACAUUGUGAUUUUAUUUACUUCAGAUAUCAUAUAUUAUUUACUUAAUAUUUAAGGAUUUACAAUACCCUUACAAGGUUGCUGCAGUUAUAACGAGUUAAUGAUAUUUAAUGUUUAUUUAUACUAUAAUUUGUUAUACAUAUUCUUUUUACAUGUUUUAUGCAUGUGUAUUUAUAGUGACAUAUUAUUGAGCAAUAAUUCAAAGGCCACAAAGGACAAUCGUUUUAACAACUGUACCAAAUGUGAGGUGACGAUCUUUUUAUUUAUAUAUCAACAUAAAUACCGUCUUUUUAAAGAUAUUUUCAUUAAGAAAAAAAUAUUUCUAGUUUGACAAAGUCAUUUUUUUAUAAAACUAGUCAAAUUUCAUAACUAAGGUACCUAGAAAUUAUGUGCUUUAAGGUUUGUAAUUUUUAUCUUAAGCAUAUGUAAGAGAAUAUCACGUGUUUUUGUACAAAUAAGUGUAAAUUUCCAGAAAAAAUACUGCCUCAGUCAAGUGUAACUUAUCAGCACAUUGAGAUGAAAAUAAAAAUACACAGAUAACUCAAAUAUCUUACUUGUGAUUAAAUUACAUUGAUCUUCUUAAAAGUUUGUCAUCUAACAGUACACAUGUUUUCAUUAAACAUUAGUGCAUAAAGUUUGAGUUUACUGUUCAGAACAUCGAUCAAGUGCAGAAAAAAAAAAGUUUUUAUCCAAAAAUCCACACCUCUUUGUGAGCCCAUCGAAUGCUCACCCUGACUUGAUAAACAAAUUAGUUUUAAUUUUUGAGUACGCUUUCACAGAAACUUAUACAAGUUGCUAGUUGUAGUUUUUCUUUAGCGUACAUCUGUUCAGUAUUUAGUGAAGUAUAAUUUUGUUCGUUAUGUAUAUAUAUAUUUUUUAAUUUUACCAUUUAUAAAUAAGUAUAAGUUUAUUAAUUUAAAAGAUUGUUUAAAUAUGGAAAUAAAUUAUACGUAACCAAAAUUAGUG